GGAAGUUUUUCCUCCUGUUGUUUCUCCGUCGGGGUGUCCCGACGGCGGCGGCGGAGGUGGCGGCGGCUCUCUCCCCGGAGCGGUGUCCCGAUCUGCCCAGCCCCAUGCAAAACGUAACGGCCCCUGGCGGCUCUGGCAACUCCAAUGUCACCUGCUCCUGCAACUGCACCGCUUCCCAGCCACAGGGAAUGGAGAUAUCUGAACUGGAGUUUGUUCAGAUUGUCAUCAUCAUCGUGGUGAUGACAGUGAUGGUGGUGGUGAUCAUUUGCCUCCUCAAUCACUACAAGCUAUCCACGUGGUCCUUCAUAACACGCCAGAGCCAGGCCCGCAGGCAUGACCACACCCUGCAGCAGGAUGGCUGUCUGUGGCCUGCAGACGGUGGCUCUCGACACGGUGCCUCAGAGGUGUUAUAUGCCCCCCAGGCCAGGGAUCGCUUCACUGCUCCUUCCUUCAUGCAACGGGACCGCUUCAGCCGCUUCCAGCCCACUUACCCCUACAUGCAGCAUGAGAUCGACCUGCCGCCUACCAUAUCAUUGUCAGAUGGAGAGGAACCCCCGCCGUACCAGGGCCCCUGCACACUGCAGCUCCGCGAUCCUGAACAGCAGAUGGAACUCAACAGGGAGUCAGUGAGGGCGCCGCCCAACCGGACCAUCUAUGAUAGUGACUUGAUCGACAUAGGGAACGGGGGCGGUCUGGGGGGGACUGGUGGAGGUUUAGGAGGAGGUGGCCCAAGGCCUCCCAGCAGUAACUCUGGCAUCAGUGUGACCAACUCCUGCAGUCAUGGGGGCAUGGAGGGGCCUCCACCCGCAUACACCGAGGUGAUGGGCCAUUUUCCGGGCUCGGCAUUCUUUCUACACCAGCACAGCAAUAACCAGAGAUUAGGGAGACCAGAGGGACUUGGGAGCAGGACGAUCCAGCGGCAGAGUCAAUCAGAAAGCACAAUAGUACCUGCCAAGGCAAAGGAUGGCAAACCAGAGGACCUGGUUUGAGCAAAGGGGAGGACAGUUAGAGCCAACCCCUCCGUACUUAACACUGUUCCCCAUGUUUACCCCUGAUGCCUAAGCUUUGGUCCAGCAUCGCUCCGUCGUGCUCAUGUCCUCUCUCCACACUUCCGCGCACAAACACAUCUUGACCUGAGCUACAACUAAACUAGUAUGGAGAAACCACGAGCGAAUUUCAUUUGACUUUUUAUCCAGCUAGCACCAUUUGGGAAUUGUAUUUUACCCUUCUCAUGGAGAGGGAAAAAACUGGCAUGCACAGACUGUUUUGUUUUCUGUGUGUGGACAAUGGAAGGUUGUUUUUGGUCUUUUGUUUAGUUUUUUUGGACCGGGAUCUGUGCACAACGUGAGAAACUGAGAACCCAGUUCAGAGAGAUAACAGAACAAGACUCACCAAUCCAAAUCUUAGUGCCAAGGCUCACAAAGAAGCAAGGAGGGCAAAUGACAUCUUCUAUUAAUAUAAACAAAAGAAAAGUUCCCUAAAAGUUGCACUAUCUUUUUUUUUUUUUUUUUUUUAAAGAGGAGAGGGACUUGAUGUCAUGUGAAGCUGAUGUUUAGUUUUUUAAGGUUUUUUUUUGACAACUGACUGAAAUCUGGCUCCAAAGUUGAACAGCUGGUAGCAACAAACUGAAAAACAAAACCAGAAAAAAAAAAUGAAACAAACACAAGUAUAAGCUUAUUUCCUUCCUUUUCUAAAAAGGAAAAACCUUGAGCUAAGCCUGAACCAUCUCUUUGCUUACACCACAGGCACAAUUAAACUUAGUAAGAGAAUAACUUUGUACUGCGAUAGGUCUGCUUCCUUGUGGAGAGAAAUCUGCCUUGUGACCAAGCAUUCGUGUUUUUUAAAAUCCAACAAAAAAUGUUUUUUCUCUUUUUCUUUUUAAACCCUGUUUUAAAAGUUUAGAGCUGUGUUUCAACACCAUAAGCUUCAGUACCCGUCAUAUUUUUGGCUGCUUGGUUGGUGGAGAUUUUUCUUCCCAAAUCUGUCCCAUUCUCUGAGCAUCUGAACUUGCACACAGAGCAUUCUACCGCGCGGAACACAGAACCCUGCCGCUCACGUUGACGGCAACAGAUAGCAGACUCAACUCUCCGCCUCACGUCAGCGAUGCCACGCGUGCACACACAAAAAUUGCAAAGAUUGCAUAAAUAAGGAUUGCGCAAAUAUUGACUGAGUUGAAGUCAAAGGGCUACCAGAGGGUCCUUUUUGAUAAAGAAACUAGAAAAAUCUAGCCUUUUUUUCACCUCAUUGUUGCCUUUAAUCCUUGCUGUUGUGCUUGCUCUAUCUUACAACUGCACAUUUCAGUGCACCUUCUCCCCCUGCGAAGAUAAACUGCUCAUCGUCCACCUCCCCAUUUAUGUGCAAAAAUGAUGCAGAGUCAGCCAAGCCCUUUAAAGCUGAGUGCGGAGUGGAGUUGUCGUUUUGCAGCAUGUGGAUGCAGGCUUCUCCUCACAGUGUGAUUGUGUUGGCAUGUUUGUUGUUAUGACCCUUAGUGACACUGAAAAGAACUUAAGGCUUCUCCAUUGCUAUUUAGUGAUUUAUUAGCUGACGGCUUUCAGCUUUUAACAUUUAAGGACAUGACUUUUUAUUUGUUGAAAUUUAGCAAAGCGUCUCUCUAAGAACACGAAAAUGAACAAGGGUCAUAAGCCAAAGAGUGCACGCAACAGAUACACCACUUAGAUGCACAAGUUUAACUUCAGUUUUUAAUUCAUUUUCCAUUCAUGGAUCAACAAAUCUCAUUUCUGACCUUCCCUACCCACUAAGACCUGCAAGGCCUGGAAAUGAUUAAUACCACUGGAAAAUAUUAAAUUUCUUUCAUUUAACCAAGAAUUUUAUUUCAGAAUAAAAAUUAGGAUGUUAAUCUUCAACUUUACAAUUUGACUGCAUGUCAGACGGAUGCAAUCAUCAACUCCUUUAAGUAAUAUAGCAUUAAUAAACCUGCUGGUGACAACACCCCAUUGUUACAGUAUUUGAUCAACUUCACUUUUUCUGAUGAGAUGUUUUCUUACACGUCACAUACGUGCAGCGUGACGUCCACACAGCCAUGUUAUGUCACUUGAUCAACCACGCCCCUCCACAUAGCCAGAAUUUCCAAAACAGAGGCAUCUAGGAAUAUUUGUAACUACUUGGACAGCACUAUGUGAAAAAAAAAA